AUGCCGCCGGGCACGAUCUUGUUGACACCCAUGACCGUUAAGAUACAGUGCCAGCGAAAAAGGCCGUGGCAACGCAACGACGUCAGCCGAAAGGGUUUGCCGUGCGCAGCAGCGUUCGCGUGCACGGACUACAAGGUGCAGGGCAAAACGCUGGAGCGCGUGGCCCUCGAGCUGCGAGGGACACGGACGACGAAGAUGGAUGGAACGGUGGUGCCCUCGCAGUGCGACCCGUACGGCCUGUACGUGCAGCUAUCGCGCUGCCGAACUCUAGACGGCAUCAUGCUCGUGUCCAAGGUGCGGGACAGAGACUUGGUGGGCAACCGGGUCCCCGAGGAGAUGACUGCCGCACAGGCCAGGCUCGAGGUACUGAGCGAGAGGACCGUUGAGGAGGCGUUGCGCUGGCUGGACGGUGAUGCUGAAGAGUCAAGGCGGCCGCGCUAG